AGAUUUUCAGCUCCACCAAAUACGUCAUCAAUUUGAGCACCAGUCGUGUCCGUAAAGGAGCAUCCUAAAGACUGCGCGUGCGCAUUUUGUAAACCAUCCACCCCGGCCAUUAUCAAUCGAUCAGAGAGUAGAAGAUGGCGCUGAAUCGAGUCUUUGGAGCUAGAUCGAUCACCGAAAAACUCGAUUGAAAAUAAUAAACGGCUGGUGGAAAUUAUUACCAAACAACACAAUAACAAGCGUUUCGACCGGAUAACUCAGCAUUUUCAGACAGACUGCUGCACGAACAGCUUUCCAAGUCACUGACUCCAAGAUGGACUUUCCAUGGCACAGUGUAAAGGUUUUGGAGCAGCUUAACCACCAGCGCCAGCUGGGCCUGCUAUGUGAUUGUACCUUUGUGGUGGAUGGGGUGGACUUCAAGGCCCACAAGGCCGUGCUGGCUGCCUGUAGCGCCUAUUUUCGCACCCUUUUCUUGGACCAGAAGGAUGUGGUGCACCUGGACAUCAGCAACGCAGCAGGUCUGGGCCAAGUCCUUGAGUUCAUGUACACGGCCAAGCUGAGUUUGAGUUCACAGAAUGUGGAGGAUGUGGUGGCAGUGGCCACGUUCCUUCAGAUGCAGGAAAUAGUCAAUGCUUGCUCUGCCUACCAGUCUCUUGCCGUCUCUUCAUCGUCCCAGACAACACAAGACUUCACUGACCACAAGAUUGAGGAAGGACAGCAGGACAUCGAGAAGGAGCCAUCAAAGACAACGUCGCCUAACGGGGCAAUUCCAAAUACCUCAGCAGAAGACUUGGGGUCCAAGAGCAUUCAAGAGGACCCGAAGAAGACCACCCCAGAUGAUCGACGAGUCAACAGUAAGACCCCAGACCAAACCCCCACACAGACCUCGGGGAGAGGAAGACCCCCCAAAACCUCCACCCAUGCUAUAUCAAGAAAAGCCGCGGUGGAAAAAGAGGAGAUGGAAGUGCAGAUGGUCACUAAAGAUGUGGCUGAGUUUCAGGAUGACCCCUCGGAUGUGGACUACACGCCCAGGUUUCCAAUCAGAUCUGAAGCUGGUAGGUCUUACAUGGGCACCAGGAGAAGAAGGACAAGGAGAGCUUCACGAUGCCACAUCUCACAGGAAAUCGAGACUCAUCAGACCAGGCAACAUUCUUCCAGUCUUCAACUGUCCAAUUUUGAUAAUGACUCUGAUGAGGGGAGCAGCCCACCAAAGAAUGGAAAUGAAGAAGAAAAAACAGAAGUUGAAGGGCGUGAGAUGAAAGGGGAAGAGGAGGAGGAGGAGGAGGAGGAAGAGGAGGGAGAGUGUGAAGAGGAUGAAAAAGAUGAGGACGAUGGAGAAGAUGGUCAGGACACAGGCAGCGGAGAGGACAGGGGUCAGCUGGGGCCAGGUGCCGUGACCGACCGCACCGAGUCACGGUCCUAUGGCUCUGUAACGCACAAGUGUGGGGACUGCGGAAAGAAGUUCACCCACACAGGGAACUUCAAAAGACAUAUCCGCAUUCAUACGGGAGAGAAACCCUUCAGCUGCCGUGACUGCCAUAAAGCUUUCUCAGACCCUGCUGCCUGCAAGGCUCAUGAGAAAACACACAGCCCACUGAAACCCUACUGCUGCUCCUCGUGUGGAAAGAGCUACCGGCAGAUCAGCCUGCUUAACUUACACCGGAAACGGCACACCGGUGAGGCCCGAUACAGCUGCAAGGACUGUGGCAAGCUCUUCACCACGUCAGGCAAUUUGAAGCGCCACAUGCUGGUGCACAGCGGCGAGAAGCCGUAUCACUGUGACUACUGUGGCCGGGCCUUCUCAGACCCCACCGCCAAGAUGCGCCACCUGGAGACCCAUGACGCCGACAAGGGCCACCGGUGUCCACAUUGCGACAAGCGCUUCAACCAGACCGGAAAUCUUAAGGCUCACCUGAAGAUCCACAUCACAGAUGGCCCUUUGAAGUGCAAAGAGUGUGGCAAACAGUUCACCACUUCAGGGAACUUGAAAAGACAUUUGCGCGUGCACAGUGGGGAGAAGCCCUAUAUCUGUAUGCACUGCCAGAGAGCUUUUGCCGAUCCUGGAGCACUGCAGAGACACGAGCGCAUACACACAGGGGAGAAACCCUGUCUGUGUCUGAUCUGUGGUAAGGGGUUCACCCAGGCCAGUUCACUCAUUGCUCAUGUUCGCCAACACACCGGUGAGAAGCCCUAUGUCUGCGACCGCUGUGGCAAAAGGUUUGUCCAGUCCAGCCAGUUGGCCAAUCACAUCCGUCACCAUGACAACAUCCGGCCGCACAAGUGCCACAUCUGCAACAAGGCGUUUGUCAAUGUCGGCGAUCUCUCCAAGCAUAUCAUCAUUCACACGGGAGAGAAGCCCUUCUUGUGUGACAAGUGUGGCCGUGGGUUCAACCGUGUCGACAACCUGCGCUCGCACGUUAAGACUGUCCACCAGGGUAAGGCUGGGAUGAAGCGCCUGGUGGUGGCCGGAGGAGACAGUGAGGAUGAGGGCAACGGUUUCCACGGCGGGUCAGCCUCCGAGAUGGAUGAAAAUGAGAUCAACAUCGUCACAGUCACCACCGAGGACAUUGUCACCCUGGCAACAGAAGCUUUGGCCGGCAGCGCCGUGGCCCAGCUGACAGGUCAGACAGGCGACAUGCUGGUGGUGCCUGUUGCUGCGCCGGGGUCUGUGGAUGAGACCGAGGCUCUGAAAGCAGAGAUCACAAAAGCAGUAGAGAAGGUGCAGAAAGCGGACCCAAACACUCAGAUCUUGUACGCGUGUGAUUCGUGCGGCGACAAGUUCCUGGACGCCAGUUCACUGGCCCAACAUGUGCGAAUCCACACGGCCCAGGCACUGGUCAUGUUCCAGUCUGACUCUGAUUUCUACCAGCAGUAUACCGCGACGGCUUCUACAGCUCCCACUGUCGGGGGGGACGUCGUUGCGUCAACUUGGCAACCCACCUCCGAGCAGGUCAUCCAGGGAGGGGAACUUGUCUUCCACACCCGUGAGGCAGAGGAGGGGGAGGCGGAGGGGGGUGAGGGGGAUGUGGUAAUUCUGGAGGAGGAAGGGGGGGGAGAUGCAGUGGCCCAAGCUGACCUCCAGCCACAGGGGAAAGAGAAGGCUGUGACCGAAGGAGAAGAGAUGGAGUGUGAAAGUCAGGCUUAGGGAAGAAGUGUCACUUGAGUAUAGGGAAGAACUGAUUAUGUCUGGUGUGCCAUGACACCCCAAGUCACAGUGCGUUGAGUAAUUAGUCAUAUUUUAUGACUAUUUCCCUCCAUGUGUGGGAAAACGACAGUGAGAUUUGUAAUCACAAGUUUACUAAAUCAUAAUAAAUGUUAAUUUGCAGAGAUUUAGCAAAGCUUUUUAAUCCUCAUCUGGGAUGAGUUUUCUAAAUUCUAGAAACUCUUCAGGUGGUAGCAGUAGUUUGUGACAUGCUGGUGGAUUUUGCACUGUAUGUUAAACAUGUACAGUUAAGCAUUAUGGCACAAGGGGGUGUGGUGUAUGGACAAUAUAUAGUACCACGGCUGAGAGAUGUUGCUACUAACUAUACAUUGCAGAGCCACAGCACUUAGCUGUCGCUUAUUGGCAAUAUACCACAAACUCUUGAGAUUCCUUAUUAUGCUAAUUAUAAACCAGUUACCAAUGUAAUUACCACUGUAAAAAGUGAUGUGAUGUCAUACUUGUGGUAUAGGGUCAUACAUCACGGGUAUCAGCCAAUCAGGAUUCCAAGUACCUGGUUUAUAAUAUGUAAUGUAGAAAAUGGGAUGUUAAAAAUAUUUAUACAGCAUAUACUAGGGCAUGACGGUAUCAGUCAUACCACUUUUGCUUUUCUGUUCUGUAGUAAAUGUAGUUGUUUUACUGAGAUAUGAUGUAUAUUUUACUCUAUUAGUUGAAGUAUUUAAUAUACUUAGUUUACAUGUUUUUUUUUUAUUAAAAGCAGAAGUGUACAGAAAUUAGAGCAACACUCAUUUGUGUGUUGCUUCUAGCAUUUUUUUUUGUGAGAUGGAUUUGGAUAUUAUAUGCUAGAAUUGUCAUCUCAUUUACCUUAAUAUGAUUUUUUUACAUUUUUGCUUUCAGUCAAACAAGAUUCUUGUGUUGGCAAUAACACAUCCAUGGUUGACAGGCAAACAAUGUAAAUGUUGUGCAUGUUGACAUUUGUUCUAUUUCCUGCCAACAGAAGAUACUUAGUCUUUGUGGGGGGAAACUGUGAAAAUAACUCCGUGUUGAGAAAUGUUUUGGAUUCUACACGUCAGGAAAAAUCUUUCCUGAUUGAAAUCUGUGUUAAGCAUGAAUAUUUCUGCGUUGUAAUUCUCACAAUAAUUUGUAGCAGUGACUUGGAAGGUAAUUUUCAAAUUAAUUAAUGGGUUAAUAUUACAUUGGAUGGUUUGGCCAUGAUUUCAAUCAGCCUCAGGGGUGCCCAUAUUGUAGGCAACAUGCCAUCUCCUAAUCUGAUAGAACAAUUCUAAUAAUAAUGAUAUCCUACAUUUGAAGGAACUUUUUUCUUUGUGUCUAAUUUACUUAUUUCACUACACAUGUUCACAGUAAGACUUUUCUUUAACAACUGUGUAAGGUUUCUCUAUACACAAAUGAAGUAGUUCGUCAGCAAUCUUGAAAGCUAAACCAGCGAGCCAUGAUAAAUUGCAGACAGAUACAGAAUAACAUAACUGUUUAUCUACUAGUGACUGGCUGAGUCCACUUAAUCCAACCAACCAAUCUACCCCAACUCCUUUCAUGAAAUCACCAUUGUCAAGGCAAAAACGUUGGCUAUAAUUAUGAUUGACUAUGACAUGCAUAUUUAAUUUAAAUCUUAACUGUCCUGUCUGCAAUUUGUUUUUUUUAUCUGCCGUUACAGGGAAAAUGCACAUGGAACACACAAGCACCCUUCCCACUAUUUAUAGUUUCUACAGUGCAGAUAUGCAAUCUUUAGUCAAUAAUUGUGUAACUUAUUGAAAGAGAAGUUUAAUUACUGACUCAAUCCCUCAGCCCUUGUCUACUCUAUACACCAAUGACGGUACCUUCCAACAAGGCAUCUUUCAAGCUACUCAAGUUUGUAGAGUCCAUGUACUGUGUACUCCCACCUAUCCAAUUUGAUUGAAUGCUCAGCUGUUGGUUUAGCUGAAUUGGAAAUGUUUAUGUGUGUUUGGGGUCAUUGACUUUCAGUAUGAUCCAUUGCGGAUACAUUUCAGCCUCCUGGCAGAGCCUGAAUAAUAGAUCCUGCUACUGGGUAAAGUUCCUAAUGACAUUGACUUUAAUAAUGGCUGCUGGACCAGUGGAAGCCCACUAAAUCCAGUAAAUUAAAGAACUCCAUAUUUUACAGUAGCUCUUUAAAAUCAAUUACAAAAAACGAAUACAUGUCUGUUAAUACAGAAAAUAUGUUAGUCAGACAGUGGGAAAGGUUGAAUUAAAUGUAUUCAGAACAGAGAAGCAUGUCUACAAUGCUCAAUAAGAACCAGCCUGGGUGGGGGGGACCCUAUCCUGCUUGAAAGAUUUCUAGGCCAGAAAGAGCAAGGAAUGUUUUUUGGGCACCAAACAUCCCACAGUAUUACAUCACAGUGUGGAUUGAACAGCGAGCGAGGUCUGAAUAGUAAAUGUCUUAAUGUUUUGAUUUAUUUGACUAAAUCCACAUUAUACCAAUUGAGCUACGAGAAAAUGUUAUGAGUAGUCCCAGUACUCCUUGAUUGAUAGUCAUCGGAUGUAUUUCAGCGAUAUUCCUAUCGACAGAUACACUGAUACAUUUCAAGGUGUCAAAAUGUUUCCUCUUCCUAAAAGUCUACGACUCUUGAGGGCAUUACUUCCAGCUGUGCCAUACUACUGACGCCUCUCUUCCACAGGUUUUAAACAUCAUUUCAACACUACAGGUUUUGAACAUCUGAAAUUCAACACUACUGUUGUUUGCUCCUUGGGGUUUAAGGCCGGGUGUCUCUGUAAAGCACUUUGUGACAACUGCUGUUGUAAAAAGGGCUUUAUAAAUAAAUUGUAUUGAGUGAUAGCUAGUUAACUUUACAAUAUGCAACAUAAUGGCUUGUCUUAAUGAUUUGAAGGAUACAUUUUUGAAAGUCAUCUUACAUGAUGAUAUUGAACCAUAAAUGUUUGAACCAGGGUAGGUUAAUUUGUUAAUGUUACUUAACGUUAUUGUUUGUUGAUAUGGUGUAAAAUGAGAUGAAUGAGGAUGUGUUGUUGUUUCUAAUGGGUGAAUUCCUGACAACAAGAAAACAAAUUGUGAAAGAACACUUUUCUAUGUUUACUUGUAAAUACUCAGGCACAGGACACACCAUGGGCAUGAUCCAAGUA